CGUAUUUAUUUGUCCUGUUUCUUCUUCCUCUGAUGUCGAGACCAAUAAUUUUCAGUCUUACCUCAGGGACUUCGUCUCCCGAUUCUCCGCCAUCCCGCUUAUCAUCGCCGACACCAGCUCUGUAGAUCUGAGCCGAACGAUGAUCUCAUUCUCACUUCCGGCAGCCGAAGAAGGUGGACGAUCGCGAAAACGCCAGCUCUAAAAGGCUCACGGUUUUCUAUCAGACGGCUUAGGGUUUUGCUGUUCUUAAUUUGUGGGAUAUUUACUGUGCAUUUGACCUCGAUUCGAGGAUUCUUAGUUAAAUUCUAUAGAACUAGUUGGAAUUGAGGUUGCUUCAUUGGUAUAGAAUUGUCAAUUGCACACACUGGUGCUUGUUUGUGUGGGGGAAGUGUCCUCUGCACUUUCAAUCUCGAAUGAGAGUGAGAGUGCUUGCGGAAAUCGCACGCAUUGCAUAGUUCCAUGUUAAAAGAUUAGUGUUUCUUUAAGAAGAAAAAAAUGACCUUCGCGGGCAAUUGGAGGCUGAUUGUCAUCUGAGAAAUGGCACUAAAGCUUCCGGCUGCUGAAGCAGCCAAGGCUGCCAUUCUGUCCAUUGGGUGUGGCUAUGAUAUAUCCUUGGACUUGAGGCUUAAGUAUUGCAAAAGGGAUCCAUGCAAUUGGCGUUUGAUUGAGAUUGACGAGGAUGAGGGCCAAGAAAUUGUGCUUCCGGGUGGAACAGUUCUCCAGAAUGUUCCCAAGUCAAUUAAAUGUGAUAAAGGCGAACGCACUAGGUUCCGAUCUGAUGUUCUGUCUUUCCAGCAGAUGUCCGAGCACUUCAACCAGGAAAUAUCAUUGACUGGUAAAAUUCCAUCAGGGCUCUUCAAUGCAGUGUUUGAUUUUUCUGGAUGCUGGCAGAAGGACGCUGCUUGCACAAAAAAUCUUGCUUUUGAUGGUGUUUUCAUCACAUUGUACACUAUUGCACUUGAAAAAUCUCAGAUCCUGUUGUGUGAUCACGUGAAGAAAGAAGUCCCUUCAACAUGGGAUCCUGCAGCAUUAGCAAGGUUCAUUGAGAAAUUUGGUACUCACAUUAUUGUUGGCAUAAAGAUGGGUGGAAAGGAUGUUAUAUAUUCGAAACAACAACACUCCUCGUCACUUGAACCUGCUGAUGUCCAGAAAAGGUUGAAGACAAUAGCAGAUAAGAGAUUUUCAGAUGCCAGUGAACAAUAUGGAACAGAUUCUGAGCAGGGUUAUCAGAAUGACAAGGUAGAAGUUAGGGAGAGACGUCUGAGGUUUGCAGAAGCUAGCACAUCAAGCUCAUAUGUGUACAAGGAGGACAUCGUUAGCAUUUGCAAGAGGAGAGGUGGGAGUGAUCGCAGAAGCCUAACCCAUAAUGAGUGGUUACACACUGUUCAGCUAGAGCCGGAUGCAAUCUCAAUGUCCUUUAUCCCAAUAACGUCCCUUCUGAAUGGCAUCACCGGCAGUGGAUUUUUGAGUCAUGCUAUCAAUUUGUACUUGCGCUAUAAACCACCCAUUGAAGAGCUCCACCAGUUUUUGGAAUUUCAGCUGCCACGACAAUGGGCACCAGUGUUCAAUGACCUUCCUCUUGGUCCACAGAGAAGGCAGCAAAGUUCAGCUUCUUUACAGUUUAGUUUUUUGGGUCCAAAGCUGUAUGUUAACACUGUUCCGGUUGAUGUUGAGAAGAGGCCUGUGACCGGUCUUCGGUUGUACCUUGAAGGUAAAAGGAGUAAUUGCUUGGCCAUUCACUUGCAACACCUCUCAUCUCUUCCAAAAAUAUUCCAGCUUGAAGAUGAUCCACACGGAAACUUCCACAGAGAACCCCAAGAUCACAAGUACUACGAGAAAGUCCAGUGGAAGAACUUCUCCCAUGUCUGCACGGCACCUGUUGAUUCUGAUGAGGAUCUUUCCAUAGUCACAGGAGCAAAACUGGAAGUUGGUGACUAUGGGUUUAAAAAGGUCCUUUUCCUAAGGCUCAAAUUCUCAUCCGUUGUGGGGGCUACUAUGGUGAGACAGUCAGAGUGGGACGGUUCAUCAUCUGGGUUGGCUCGCAAAUCUGGAUUGAUAUCAACUCUGAUCAGUCAUCAUUUUACCACAACAGUUCAGAAGCUGCCACAUCCACAGCCAGGUGAUGUGAAUAUUAAUUCUGCUGUUUAUCCGGGCGGUCCUCCAGUUCCCAUUCAAGCGCCUAAACUUCUGAAGGUUGUUGAUACGACUGAGAUGAGUAGAGGGCCACAAGAAACACCAGGUUAUUGGGUUGUUUCUGGGGCAAGACUCAUGGUUGAAAAGGGGAGGAUUUCUCUGAAAGUAAAGUAUUCGCUACUCACUGUCAUACAACCUGAUGAAGGUUCAACACCCGAUUAAGCAGAAUGGAGAACCUUGCUCUGUUAAUGUGUGCUCGAGCUGAUGUCUUUACUAUGAUAAUUUAUAUUGUACAUCUAGAUGUACACACAUCUAGUGACAUUUUUGAAUUAUUCUAUGAUUGCUCAUUGUUCUUUAAUAAUGUUCGUUUACUUUUAUCUUUUACAUGUAUUUUUUAUUCAGCUCAUUUUAUUCCUACUGAAUGUUCAUUUGAAUACGGGGGAGGCUCAUUAUCCUUACAAAAUGCUCAUUAGCGAAUGUUGGAUUUGC